GUGGACACAAGGCUUUAUUGGAUAUUGGACAUCGUACGUCAGAGAUCGGACGCAGUGUGAAUCCUCCACAAAACUUUUUUAUGUUUAGAGGUAGUUCAGGAAUAAACAUACAAUUGAGGCUUUUGUGACCGCUUUACCACCAGCCUUCAAGGCAUAUUUGACAUACGGACUCACCCGCUGGGCUGUUCCGGUCCAGGAGAACGGCGAAAUGUCAAUACGGACGGCAGUUCAUCGUUUCGUGCAAAAUGGUCGCGUUAUAUUGCGUUCAUUGCGAAAUAACGAGCGCUUCCACUCGAAAGGAUACGCGAACAAACACUCCGACAAAAUACACGUGCAGAUAACAGGCGAGUCCCAGAGUGGUGGCUUUCUUUGUCAAAACAGUGGCAAUGCAUGGAACGCGGGAUGGCAGCUUAGUUAUUUGGGAACGCAUGCUCGACGCAUUUUUGUUGAAAAUAUCUUAAAGAGAGUAACCAACAGUCUUGCGGCAGAUCUACGAAGACGUGCAGCUAGUAGGCUUGUUUUUGGUGAUUCUGCUCCUUUCUUUGCUCUUGUUGGUGUGUCAUUAGCAUCGGGUACUGGAAUGUUAACAAAGGAUGAUGAACUGGAAGGAGUAUGCUGGGAAAUCAGGGAAGCGAUUUCAAAAUUGCAAUGGAACAUGCCACAAAAUGACAAAAACUAUCAAACUAUCUCAAUCGAUGACAACGCUGUGACUCUACGAGACUUUGUGAUCGGGCCUAUCAUCGCCAAAGGCUGUUCAGCUGCUGUAUACGCGGCACGAUUUGCAAAUACUACACAAAAUGAAAAUAAUGGUCAGAUUAAUAUUGAUACUAAAACGAAGGAUACAAAUGCGUUUCCAUUGGCCAUAAAAAUGAUGUUUAAUUACGAUGCGGAAUCUAACGCUGCUGCUAUUUUGAGAGCUAUGUAUAGAGAGAUCGUGCCCGCUAGAAAACAUUACAAAAAUGAUGAGUUAACUACUUGGGAGCAAAAAUUGAUGGAAAAUAAAGUGAAGCUACCACCCCAUCCGAAUAUCGUGGCGAUGUAUUAUGUUUUUGCUGACAGAAUACCGAUGCUACCUAAUUCCUGGGGGAUGUAUCCUGAUGCUUUACCAGUUAGAAUUAAUCCUCACGGAUCAGGCAGGAAUAUGAGUUUAUUUUUAGUGAUGAAAAGAUAUGAUGUCACUUUGAAGCAAUAUGUAAUGAAUCGAAACAUCGAUAUGCGAGUGUCAAUAUUAUUAUUUGCUCAACUCCUAGAAGCGGUAGCUCAUAUGAAUGGGAAUGGCAUUGCGCACCGAGAUCUGAAAAGUGACAACAUCUUACUCGAUUUGUCGGAAGAAACUGAUAAUUGCCCGUCGCUAGUUGUGACGGACUUCGGUUGUUGUUUGGCUGAUAAAAGUCAUGGAUUAUAUCUACCUUACAACACUCACGAUAUCGAUAAAGGUGGCAAUGUCGCAUUAAUGGCACCAGAGGUAAUAUCGGUGAAUCCGGGUCCCUUCACUAAUAUAAACUACACCAAAGCUGAUCUUUGGACAGUAGGCACCAUAGCAUACGAGAUAUUUGGAAUGCAAAAUCCGUUUCACGGUGAAAAAGGCGAGAAAGCCGUUUUGAACAAUUAUGAUUACACUGAAGGUGCGCUUCCCGUAUUGCCGAAGAACCUACCGUCGAUUAUCAAGGCCAUUAUAAAAAACGCAUUGUCGAAAAAUCUUUCUAAGCGACUCGAUAGCAAUCUGGCAGCAACUGUAAUGCAACUACAUCUGUGGGCGCCUAGCUCGUGGCUUAAAAACAAGGAACAGCUACCAUCGAGUAACGAGGUUAUGCAGUGGCUUUUGUGCUUGACCACAAAAGUUCUUUGCGAGGGCCGGAAUGUGGAUUUAUUUUCGUCGUUGCACAGGCCAUCCACUGAUAUGAAAUACGACACCGGAGACACGUACAAACGAACAUUUUUCACACGUUCUUGCGGAAGAUGCACAAUGCCAGAAUAUCAAUUAAUCAGCAGCUUCCUUAGCAGAGUCACGCUCGCCAAUGUUAGAAAUGCUUUAAAAUGGAUACAACGAAACGCAUACUAAAAAGGGUGAUAGAGUAUUUGUAUAUAUAAGGGAAGAAAAGAAAUGCAGUCUAAAGUUUUGUACGGAAAGUUAUCCUCCUUCAACGAGUAACGAUUUACAAUAGCGUUAUGUAACUCGAAAAAUUAGACAAUGUAUUUGAGAUUUUUUCCUACUAUUUUUGUUAUAAUUUAUUGCUAUUGUUAUUUACAUAUUUUAAUUUCCAGCAUUUUGUUUUGAUACUUUAAGAAGCACAAAAGGGCAAAAAAGUAAUUUUGACACACAGAAAAAUAUAAUGCAAAUAGAGAUACUUUAAAAUAUUAUGUGCAUCCUUUUGUGAUUCUGAGUGCCUUAAAGAUUAAAAAAAAUAAUUGUAAAUUAUUUUAUUUGUAUGAAUUUAAUUUGUGUAUCUCGUUUUAUAUUUAUUUGGCGAACACUAUUGUGGAUGUUAGGUACAAAAUGUGCAAACGAAUAUUAUGUUAUAUCUAAAUGUGUGUAUCAAAUGAAAACAUUUGAAAGUGUUAAACUAGGCUGUGUUUUACCAAAACGGCUAAAUCUCGAGUGCAAGUAGUGUUAAAAUAUGUCGUCCCGCAGUAAUAUUAGUUAAAAAUUAAAAAAAAUAUAUAUUUUUAAUUUAUUUCCUAUUUAUAUUCGUUUUAUCGAAUACGAAUGCAAAUAGUGCAAAACAAAUGCAAAUAGAAUGAUUGUAUUUUCUGCCAAAUUUCUGAAGAAAUAAUAAAUUCAAUAAACAAUAUUAACAAUA